AUGAAUGAAAAUAUGUCGUCAAAGGAAGAGGUGCUGACUGAUGUUUCUUGCGAGAUAUCUAAUAACGAUAACAAUGGUGAGGUAUUACCCCUUAAACCCUCUUCUUUAGAGGAUCAAUCUAAGGGAGAUCAACCUAAGCAGGAUCAACCUAAGGAGGAUCAAUUUAACAAGGAUCAACCUAAGGUGAAUCCACUUAUGGAAGAUCAACCUAAGGUGGAUCGACCUAAGGAAGAUCAAUCUAAGAUUGAUCAGUCUAAGGUGAAUCAACCUAGGGAAGAUCAAUCUAAGGAUCAAUCGAAGGAUGAUCAACCAAAGGAGGAUCAGCUGAAGGAGGAUCAGCUGAAGGAGGAUCAAUCUAAGGAGGAGUGGUUAGAUAUAAUUGGAAAUGGUCAGCUGAUGAAGAAAGUUAUAAAGAAAGGCACACAAGAUGUAAAGCCAAUACAAAAAGAUAUAUGUACAUUAAAGUUUACUGGUGUGCUUGAUGAUGGCACAGUAGUGGAAGAUCAAGAUAAUGUUUCGAUACAAUUAGGAGAUUUUGAAGUAGUACAGGGAUUAGACCUAACGAUUGUAUUGAUGGAAUUGGGUGAAAUUGCUGAAAUAAAAAUCGAUCCUAGAUUUGCUUAUGGCACACGUGGAGAAGAAUCUAUACCACCUAAUGCUACUAUUACAUACAUAGUUGAAUUGAAAGCAAUAGAGGAUAGUCCUGAUAUAGAAAGUCUAAGCGUCAAGGAAAGGAGAGAACUAGGUAACAAGAAACGCCAACGUGGAAAUUGGUGGUUUGUUCGCAAGGAGCUUAAUUUUGCAAUACAGUGUUAUCGGAGAGCGUCAGAGUAUCUACAAAUAGAUGGUAUGAAUUGGAAUGAAGAAAAUGAAGAAUCAGGGCCGAUUACCGAUAGCCAACUGCAGGGACUAUUGGAUGAUUGCAUAAAAGUAUAUAACAAUUUAGCGGCUGCAUUAAUUGAGAUAGGAUCUUACAACACAGCUUUAGAAAAUGUAGAGAGAGUUCUGAAGUAUCAACCAAAAAAUUCAAAAGCUCUAUUUAGAAAAGGAAGGAUAUUAAAAGCCAAAGGGAAUUAUGGAAAGGCUUAUAUGGCUUUCCUUGAAGUGCAAAAGAUAGAUCCAGAUAUAAAAUCGUUACAAACAGAAUUAAUAACUUUAAAAGAAAUAAUUUUAAAACAGACUGAGAAAGAAAAGCAUCUGUAUGCUAAAAUGUUGGGUAUAAAUAAAGAGACUGAUAAGUCGUCAAAGAAUAUAAAAGUAGAAGAAAAAAGUAAACUCGCUAAAGGAAUUCUAUGGACUGCGAUUGGAGCAUCUGCUGCUGUCAUCGGUAUACUUGUACAUAGAUUUGUUUCAUGAAGAAAAAAGAAAAUGGAUAAAGACAAACCAGAGUUAAUGAGGUACAAGACAAGUUGUAUUCUUUGUUUUUAAUU